GAUUCUCCUUUUUGUCAACACUCAACAGUACAGAAGUUUUUAACAAAAAUAAUAAUAUUCGGCCGCCCUAAACUAUCUUUUUUAUGAUGUCCACUCUUUUAACAUUCUUCGUCCUUUAAUGUGGAGUGUGUGCUAUAGUUGUGCUCAGCUCUUGUUGUAACUCUUAUAUGUAAAUAUUUUGAAAUAAGCUAGGAACAGUCGGUAAUUAUAUCGAAAAAAACUUGAGCAUAUAUUUCGUAUUAUAUCUAAAUACAUUUUACCCAAAAAAUCGUGUUCUUUUAGACAUACUAAAUUUUUAUAGUGAGUUAAGUUGAAGGUGUAAAAAUAAGCUCAUAUCGAAAAAUGAUAUUCGUGGAAUACAAUGUUCACAUUUUGUCAAUGGAGGCCGUAAUUUAAAGAUUUUAUAAAAAUAAAUAAUAUUAAAUUUUAAUCUUACACGCUACUAGAAAAACAUUUCACCUUUUAAUAGUUGUAAAAAUGAAUGAUGAUAUAAAUGAUUAUCUGCCAUCUUUAUUGAAUCCAAGUGGCAUUAAGAGAAACAGUGCUUUAUCACAAACUCAGGUUUCUUUGUCGCUAAGAACAGGUAAAAUUAAAUUAAAUCAACCACUAGGUGAGGUUCCCCAAUUGGAAGAGACAGCUACAACCGAACCAGCUGCCAGCACCAUGGAAGGUGUAUCAAGUAUAACAUGUAAUAAUAAUGGCCAAUUAGGAAUUACUCCUAUCGCUGAACUAAAUAAUGAUACACCGGUUUCACUCAAUUUUAACAAUAUAGACAUAGAAGUUCCUAAAACUAACACCGACGACAACGAGAAUGACAAUAAUCAAAAUUCUCUGAUACUAGUACUGUUACAAGAACCCAUUAUGUGUAGUGAUACAACUCUUCUGUAUGAAGACAAUAAAAUUCCCAUCGCUUCAACGUCAUCAGUUGGUAAUUUUAACAAUACAAUUAUCAAUUCAAAUAAUAAUAUGAAAAUUGCUGAUGAUUGCAAAGAGGAAAAUGAAGCAAUGGAUAAUGUUGAUUGUGUUAUCGCUGAAAGCUGUCAAAAAUCUGAUGAGUCAACAUUAGAUGUGAACAAUUUGACUCCUAAACUCAAGCCAUCAAAGAGAAAAUCUGUCUCUGUCAACUUAGAAAUUAAAAAACAAAAGUUGACACAUACAGAUGAUGGAGAAGAGAAAUUAAAAGUUCUUAUUUUAAACGCAAACGCCAUUGAGAAACUAUCCCCUGUCAUUAUACAACCACAAAAUUAUAAAUUAGUGAAACGAAAAAUUCGUGAUAGAAGUAUAUUGAAAAACAAAGUUAACAAACCGGUGUGUGAUACAUAUAAUGGGAAAAGUGUUAGUGGCAAUUUAAAACAGAAACCAAUAGAUUGUUAUUUCACUAGUGCUUACCAUCUGAGGUCUUAUACAAAGAGAUUAAAGGAUAAUGUUGACUCAGUUAAUCACGCACUAGCCGUGGUGCGUGAUGAGGCUCAGGAAAUGAGCAAAAAUUUGGGUAUAGCCGACCUCAAAUGCGAUAUAGGCCGGUCGUUAAAGGAGCGCAGAAAUGACAAAUUACCGAAACUAUUGCCGUAUUCAGCACCAGCUAAACGAGAUAUCAAGGCGUCCAUGUCGGAGGCGCCCAGCGGUUUGUCGCCGAGAAAUAGACAGGAUAGCCUAGGCUCCCAUUCGCCGAAAAAAAACGCUGACUCCAUUCAGCUCGGUUUGGGAUUGAAGACGAAGUUAAAUAAAGCAGGCGUCAACCGAAACAUUCCACAUUAUAAAAUUGUCGCAGGGACGCAUUUUGCCGUCGAUGCAUUCUCAUACGGCGAUAUACCCAACGUGAAACAUUACUUCCUGACGCAUUUCCAUUCCGACCAUUAUUCGGGUUUAAAGAAGAAUUUCAACAAAUUGAUUUUCUGUUCGCAGAUAACAGCGGAUUUAUGCAUUUCGCGUUUGGGCGUUAAUUUGAAAUGCUUCCACGUUAUAAACGUCGAUGAAACUAUAAAAAUUGAGGGUGUCGAGGUCACAGCCGUUGACGCUAAUCACUGCCCUGGCGCUUUGAUGUUGGUAUUCACUUUGCCCAAUGGUAAGACGCUUCUGCAUACUGGAGAUUUUAGGGCGUGUCCUCCUAUGGAGUCAUAUCCUGUUUUUUGGAACAAAGAUAUACACACAAUAUAUCUUGAUACGACCUAUUGCAAUCCUCGCUAUGACUUUCCAACGCAAGAUCAAAGCUUGGAGAUGGCUCUGUACAUUUUGAGGCAGAAGAAAAUUACUCUAGAAAAGGCCGGGAAGCAGUUUUCAUCUGUACUCAUAGUGUGUGGAACUUACACCAUUGGUAAGGAGAAGUUCUUCCUUGGUCUGGCUCGUCGCGUGGGAUGUUCAGUGUGGGCGUGUCCGGAGAAGGACCGCGUGCUGCAGGCGGUGGAGGGUCGCAGCUUCAAUCACUCGCAACCAGCCAGCUGUCAGCUGCAUGUUGUGCCCAUGAGGGACCUGGUGCAUGAGAAAUUACAGACAUAUCUGGAAAGUCUGAAAGGAUCGUUCAGCGAAGUUGUUGCUUUCAAACCCAGUGGCUGGGAGAAUGGUAGAAAUUCAUCAGUGCAAAAGGACUCUGUUACAAUACAUGGUAUACCAUACAGUGAACAUUCUAGUUUUUCAGAAAUGAUUAGAUUUGUCAAAUUCCUUAAGCCGAAACAAGUUGUGCCCAUAGUUGAUAUUUCCGGUGGGAUUAAAACUGUACAGAAGUUUUUUCCUUGUCCUUUGGUUAAUAGAGAUGAUCUGCAGUGUCAAAGUCGGGUCACAGACUACUUCACACACGGCUGACCUACUUGAUUAUUUAUGAUGCCAUUUGGUAUAAAUGUGACAGCCGCCAUAACCAAAGUUCCGACUGUGAUGUUUUUUGAUAUAACUGUAGAGUUAUUUAUGAUUUGUUACUAUGUAUUUAAUUAAACGAUAUUGUGCCUGUCUGUGCAUAUAUUGUUUAUAUUUUAACAUCCUGUUGUUGUUUUUAUUUUUAUUAUUUUUUUAUAUAUCAAAAUGUAAAAAUAAAAAGUAUGAAUGCAUUUAA